UUUAUCAAUACUGCAGACGAGCUCUUUGGCCCCAUCACUACUAUCCGACGUCCUGCGCUUGGAAAGAAACACAUUCCCUGGACAGCCUUUUCCUUCACAAGUGCUGAUUGGGAGCGCGUUGAAGAUGCACAUGUCAUCAUUUCAGAGGCUAAUGAAAUCCAGCAAUACUUUUCUUCUGAAAGUCAACCAACUCUAUGGCGUGCAAUACCCGCAUUUGAGGAACUACUGACGGCAUGGGAGCGAAAGCGGGAUAUGCCAAAGUAUGUACCCUACAAGGCCGCAAUCGAGAAAGCACUCGAUAAGGUCUGUAAGCACUACAGAAAGAUGGACGACAAACCUGUCUAUGUGCUUGUGCUGGUUCUUCAUCCAUACUAUAAACUCGAAUACAUCAAGAUUGCCUGGGGAGGAGCGGAAGAACAAGAACAGGAGCAUGCAGCUGGAAAUCCCAAUGCCAAGGAUUGGCAUGACGAGGCCCUGAAGAUCAUGGAGAGGACUAUGGAAGACUAUUGGAAGACUCGU